GGCUACGCUGCCCUGCAUCAGUGAAUGAGGCUCCAACGGUUCGUGGGAAAGCUGUACAGAGGGAAUUGUAUAAGGCACCAGUCAUCAGUCUACCUGGCCGCGCACCGAUCCACUGAGACGUUAGUAAAGACAUAUUCUCGCCAUCACCAUGAAAAGGCCUUGUGAUGACAGUACUUCUGACAGCGACAUGGAUGAAACUAUUGAUGUCGGCAGUGAGAAUAAUUAUUCUGGGCACAGCAAUGGAUCAUUUAUUAGAUGUGGCUCCCCAACAACAACAACCCAAGUUAUGGCAAGAAAAAAACGAAGAGGGAUCAUCGAGAAGAGACGGAGAGAUCGAAUCAAUAAUAGUUUAUCAGAGUUACGUCGACUUGUUCCAACUGCAUUUGAAAAACAAGGUUCUGCCAAAUUAGAGAAAGCAGAAAUAUUGCAGAUGACAGUGGAUCACCUAAAGAUGCUGCAGACCACUGGCGGUAAAGGGUAUUUUGAUGCCCAUUCCCUGGCUAUGGACUUCAUGAGCGUGGGCUUCAGGGAGUGUCUGACGGAGGUAGCCAGGUACCUGAGCUCUGUGGAGGGAUUAGACAGCAUUGACCCCCUGCGCGUGCGCCUGGUCUCCCACCUCAGCACCUGCGCGUCUCAGAGGGAGGCAGCUGCCAUGACCUCAUCCAUGGCACACCACCAGCAGGUGCUCCCCCCUCACCACUGGGCCGCAGCCUUCCACCCCCUCCCCACCGCCUUCCUCCAACAGAGUGGACUGCCCUCCUCAGACAGCGCCACCAGCAGACUGUCUGUGGAGGUGCCCCAGCGCGGCUCGGCCCUACUAACAGCCACCUUCGCCCACACUGACUCUUCUCACAGGGCGCCCUCUAAUGGCAGCGUGGCACCCUGCGUCCCCCCACUCUCCACCUCCCUCCUGUCGCUCUCGGCAACCGUUCACGCGGCGGCCGCUGCUGCCGCGGCCCAGACUUUCCCCCUGUCCUUUCCCGGAGGAUUCCCCAUCUUCACACCUCACAGUGUGAGCAGCACAGCGUCUAUGGUAGCUUCAGCUGUGUGCCCCUCCAUUUCCACCACAUCCACUUCACAGCAGAGCAGAGACCGAGAGGGCAGCAGCAAACCAUACAGACCUUGGGGAACAGAAGUGGGAGCCUUUUAAGUGUUUGACUUUGGAGGCCAUCCACACCAUACAGAUAAAGGACCAAUAUUGUUUUAUUAACUAUGGCUUUUUUGUGUCCAUGGACUUUUAUUCCACCAGCUUAUUUCAUUUCUGGCUGUGUGCAAAUUCAGAGCACAUGCAUGCAAGCUCUCUCAUGGGAGGGGGAGAGAGAGAGAGAGAGACAGAGAGAGAGAGAGAGAGAGAGAGAGAGAGA